AUGUUGUCCAUCAAUUACCAUGCCUUUGACCUUGGUGUCGAGAUCUCUGGUUUGUCACAAGAGGAGCGGCUUAGAGCAGUCAACGAGGUGUUGGGUGGCAAAGCUGUUGCUACCAUCCGCCAGAGACUGGCCCAACUUGGAAAGUAUGUGAAGUGUGCAACUGGCAACGCCAAACGCCCACCUUUCCCUGUCACAGCCGAACUCAUCAAAAACCACAUCAGACAUUUGAGGAAUGAGUCAGCAACCUAUUCCAAGCUUGUUGGGUUCCAUGAGGUGAUGAAGUUCUCCAAGCAUGUGAUGGGUUUGGAAUGUGAUGUAACUGCCUUCGAAACUGCCUGGGUGAAUGGCAUUUUCAGACUGGCGGGGCAGAAUCGCCCAUUGCGAAAGCAGUCUAACGUUCUCACAGUUUCAGCGCUCCAAUUUCUGGAAGCUGAGUUAGACAACGAGAAUCUAGCCUUGGUGGACAGGUACGCCAUAGGCGUCAUCCUUUUUACGACAUACUCCAGGGCUCGAUUUGGUGACCUAAGGAAGAUCUCUACAGUGAUUCUGGAUGAGGCAAGCUCCAUGGGCUCUGAUUGUUUGGGAUACAUUGAAAUGAACUCGGCAUCCCACAAGAUGAGGGCAAAUGGGAACCGCCUUGGAGCGCACCUUCCAUUGGUCGCCCCCAUCAAGGGGUUGGGAAAAGCGGCUUGUGGCAAAACAUUCAUUUCCUUGACAACCAAGGUGGGCCUCAAUUUGGCAACGUGGUGCCCACUCUGCCCCCUGCUGCCUGCACCAAAUUUGAUGGGCGAUUGGACAGGGAGAGCAACAACCUCUGGAGAGAUUAACAAGUGGAUUGUGCAAUUGCUGGCAGGGAGUGGCUUUGACACCACUGGCUUCUCCCCACAUGGAUGUAAAGCAACUACACUCACGAUGCUUGCGAAAUAUGGUGCAGACUCGGAAACGAGAUUGGUCCUUGGUCAUCACCAAACCAAGCAGGGAACAUCAGAAGUCUAUGCACGUGAUGUGCAAUCGGCACCGCUCAGAGUCUUGGAAACGAUGUUCCGAGACAUACGUCUUGGCCAUGUUUGUCCAGACGAGACCCGGUCGGGCAUGAUGCAAAGAUGUGAUGACACAGUUACAAUUCAGCCAACCCUUUUACCGUUGCCUGCGGCGGAGGAGAGUGCACCUGAGGAACCAUCCAUGAUGCCAGUCAUCACCAGCGAGGCAAUUUUUGGAGAUGUCGAGAGUGAGGGCGCAUCCAACGAGCUCCCCAUAGAAUCUCUCAACGAGGAUGCUAUCAAUGAAGCCCCUGAGGAACACGAUGACUCUUCCUCUUCCUCCUCCACAUCGAGCUCAGAGGACAGCCUUGACGAGAUGGUCGAAGAGCUGGCACAACAGCCCCCGGACGUUGCAGUGCAAGACAUUGCGUCUGCAGGCAAACGACAGCCAUCCUUCUACCAACAUCGAAGCUCCAAGGUUGUCCACAUGUUGAUCCAAGGCUUUGGCCAGUCCUUUUUGUGCGGGAGACAACUUAGCAAAGAAUACAGGAUGUGCUCCCUGCUUUUGGUCGUUGAAUCAAUGAAAUGCCAACAGUGUGUCAAGAGGCACAAAGGUCGCAGCAGGGACAUCGAUAAUGCACAGCUCGACUCGGCAGUGAAACGUGAUUUUCUUUUGUCUGAUACCUUACGCUGCGCCCUUACCAUGGCAACAAUCUUGGAUUCCAAAGCAGCAUUCGUUGCAAGGGCUCAGGAACAUGGCCUGACAAAUGACCAGCUUGGUCGCCUCAGAGACCAAGGAAUCACCAGCUUGGCGCAAUUGGCCUUCGCCUUGACUACGCCAGGCACUGCACCAGAUGAGGAAUCUCUCAAGAACCUCCUGUCGGACAAUCCAGACCAGGUCACAGUUGGCCAGCUAUCUUCGAUCCGUCGCCUGACCUUUGAUGCACAGACACUAUCAGCUGCACAGGUCAAGCACAUUUUGGCGGGCACGGAGACAGCACGCAAAGCCGAACUGGUUCCUGCAGAGAGGUCCCACAGGAUUCAAGACCAACGAGAUCGCUUGCAGGGCAUGGAUCUUUCUGGCCCGUUGGAGUGCAGUCAUGCAUCCUAUGAUUAUGUUGCCAAGAUGUUGGAACAAGGUACACCAAUGUACUUGGAACCCCACAGGUUCACAACCAGAUCUGCAGAGGUCGCGAGGGAAAAGCCUGGCAAAGAACUGAUACUGGACCAGACACACCUUACGGUCAAGGAGGUCGAAAACAAAGACAAGUGCCCUAUGCUAGGGGAACUUCAGGUCUUCCAGGCCUUGACCAGGCGCUCCCUGGCCUGCGACCUCAUGGGUGUGUGCACCUUUCGCACAAUGGAGAAGUGGCAUCGCUUCCUCAUGGACAGCAUGCAAAUUGCAGCGCCCCCUAGGUACAAGUCUGCAACCAUUGAACAGAUCCUGCGUGCAGAUCGAGCAGGAUGGAUCAGACUUGCAGAGCGCAUUGACACCCUGCGCCGUGCCCCAGACGGGUCAUUGCCCCUCGACAGGGCCAUUGAGGAGUUGCGCACAGACCCAAAUGUUGUUUUUCAUAUGAUGCCACUGCCCAUGCCAAGAGUGCCGGAGAAGUCAACUCCAACCAAACCAGCAAAGAAAGACUCACCUCAGAAGCCCCAAGGUGGUCAAGGAGUGCAGCAAGGGGAUGCACGUGUGCAUCAAGUGCGGAGGACAAUGUUGCAGCAGUACACCUUGGACCCCCUUGCGGCACCAGUUCCAGAGCCAGGGACAUCCGCCGCAGGUUUGGUAGUGACCCCAAACCGCUGCGAUCAGUUGUACACCCCGAUGGACUGCCCUGGCUACAAGGUGUUGUUGAAGUAUGCUUUCACACUUGCAUGUUUCAAGCCCAACGCAAGUGAUCAGUGGGCAACAGCACAAGAGACCGAGUACCCCCACAAGUUCUGCCAGGCAUAUGCCAAGGUUUGCUAUCACUUGUUUCUACAAUAUGGAGCCCUGGCGGUACCACAACAAAUGGACCAUGAUGCUGUCCAACUUACUCAAGCCAGCCGCGCAGCCUUGGGAACACAACCCCGUGGCAAGAAGCUCAAACCGCUGGUAAGAGAGUUUGCAGCCAAGGUGACCAUUCAGGGCCCACAAGCGUGCCUUGCAGCCCUGCCAGACAAAUGUACUUCCGAUGUCACCCUGCCUACAACUUGCACUCCCAGCUUUCCAUUGCCCAUGCUGCCCAGACAUGCAACAAGACUCCAACCUCCGAUGCCAAUGGGGGAUAGUGCGGACCUUGGAAAUUGGACAACCGAAUAUGGGAUUGCGUGGAAGCGAAAUUCAUUUAUCCAACAAGCAGCUGGACUGUCACACCCUGGACACUUCAUGGAUGGCGUCCAUCCUGCGAUGGUUGAGCUCUUUGACAGGUUGGCACAGAUGCGCAAGUGGCUACUUAGAGCUCAAGAACUUCGUGACCAAGGUGUGGACGGUUUGGAGCAAUCCCCAUCGCAUAUCAAGCGUAUCCUGAAGGGCAAAAACAUGCAGCUCUUCGAUGAAAUGAACAAGGCGGCAGGAUCACCAGAUAUCAAUUUGGCCUCAAACGUGUGCAAAGGUUUUGACCUUAUGGGGACCAUCCCUUCAGGUGGAAUUUUCCCUUGCAAAUACACCCAUGCUACCUUGACACCUGAACAAGUGAGAGGCAUGGCAAAACUCUCGAAACAGGCCACAUGGACGGCAACAAGGAAGUGCAAGGGCCAAAACCUUGCAGCAGAGGUAUACAAAGCGACUUGUGAUGAAUGUGAAAAAGGGUGGCUCCGUGGCCCCUUUCAACUACAAGGGCUCCCUGAGGAGGCUGUACUCACCAGAAGAUUUGGCAUUCAACAGUCCGCCACUCUGGGCGAUGGGAGUCGUGUCUACAAGACAAGGCCAAUUGACGACUUCUCCGAAUCACUGGUGAAUUCUACGAACUCAUGCUCGGAAACAAUCCAGCCUAUGUCCAUUGACAUGAUCCUUGCGGCUCUGGCCAUGAGGGCCAGGAAAUGUGGAUCAGAGAAACUUUUUGGCAAAGCUAUUGACUUGCGGAAGGCGUACAAGAACCUUCCACUUUCAGAGUCAGCGCUUGACGACGCCUACAUUUGCGUUUUCUCGCACAUUGACCUCGCACAAAGUGUCUUGUUUCAACUCCUGGGCUGGGAGGUGUCGUCGGAGAAGGGCGCCGAUUUUGAUGCUGUGGCUCGUAUCCUUGGAGUCCAGAUUGACUUGAGUGAAUCAGACAUUGGCAUCUUCACGGUGUGCAACGUUGAUGCCAGGGUCAAAGAACUGGUGGCGACAAUUGACCACAUUCUUUCGCAACAAACCCUGUCAGCGGCCGAGAUGAGAGUACUGAGGGGUAGGCUGGUCUUUGCAGAAGCUCAAAUCUUCGGAAGGAUUGCAGGGCUACAUAUGCAACAGCUGGGGAGAUGGGAGUACGCAGUUGGCCACUCGUCGAUUGACCCAGAACUGGUAGAAAGCCUAUCCUUUCUUAGAGACCGAAUCGUGCUCGGUGGACCUAGAAGGGUCAAUUCAGACCACGGAAGAACUUUCCAUUUGUACACUGAUGCUUGCCUAGAGAAUGGUGUGGGCGGCAUAGGAGGUGUAUUGCUGGACCAAUAUGGCAAAGUGCUCUCCUUCUUCUCUCAGGUUGUCACUGAACACCAAGUGGCUCUUUUGAAUCCACGGCACAAAGAGACAAUCAUAUUUGAGCUGGAGAAUGUCUUCAUAGCAGACCGUCAGCUGACAAGUCUCUAUCGUAUGCUUGGAGACCUCAUCGAUAUGACCGAUGACUUUGAAGACUUACCGGCACCAGCGGCCUUGCUUCAUUUGCAUCAGACAAUCCGGUCCAUGGAGCAUGCCAUCUACUUUGCCAAGAUUGCCAAACUUCAUCAAAUCAUCCGCCUGCACCGAGCAAUCCGGACUACUUGGCAACGAUGGCAUGUCAUACCACCAGUGGAGUUGGAUAUCAACUGA